AUGGCUAGUCAACUGUUGACGAUGAAGCUUGUCCGCGAGGACAGCUCUGUGCCUUGGGGCUUCCGUCUGGAGGGCGGAGUGGACGUAGGCCUACCGCUGAUUAUCAGAAGCGUCGCACGCGGUGGGGUAGCCGAGCGCUGCGGUCUUCGUGGUGGAGACUAUGUCCUCCGCAUCAACCGAACUGAUAUGCGAGGUCUUACUCAUGAACAGGCUAAGAUGGAGAUCAUCCGUUCGAGCAAUGACUUUGUGAUUCUGGUUCAGCGUGGAGGAACUAUUACACCUCUUAAAACCACCACCACUUCAACCACCAUCCAGCCCAUGUCAGCGCGUGUGGAGGAGUCAGUCAUCCGUGGGGUUAUGGACAAUGGACAGGCAAAUUUGAAAAGUGCUUUUGCAGCACCUUAUUCACCACCGAUCGGAGCUUCGCAUAACGUGAAUCCAGUGCCGUUUGGGCAGGCACCUUUGCCUGGACAUUCGGUGAUAACCCGCAACGCAGAGGGCAGAACUCAUCGUAUCCUUCACUCCGAAUACAACUCACCCAUGGGACUCUACUCUCAACGCAACGCCUCAGCGUCUUUUGAGAAUGCUCUUUCAGCUACUGGGGCUUCAGCACCCGUUAACGCAGCGCCAAGGCUCAUUUGCGAUGCCUGUGGAGGUCCCAUUGCUGGAGUUAUGGUCAAAGUUCACGGUUCGAUCCCUAUGCAUCCGGAGUGUUUGAAGUGUUCACAGUGUGGAAUCAACCUGCGUAAUGUGGGCUACUUUUACAUAAACAGCAUGCUCUACUGCGAAGUGCACGCAAGGAGGGCCGCUCCACCACCGAGACAAGGCCAACAAGCCGGGGUGAUGUAUAAGUGA